AUGAAGAGCUCCAGGAAUGUUUUCUGUCUUCUCUGCUUUCAUGCUGCUCUCAGCCUGGAGCGUGUCCGGUGGUGCACGGUGUCUGAACAAGAACUUGCCAAGUGUAAUGGCAUGAGCAAGGCCUUUAGUGAGGCUGGAAUCCUUCCCCCUCUGGAGUGUACAGCAGGGGGGUCAGCUGCUAACUGUACCCAGAUGAUUAAGGAUGACUUGGCAGAUGCAGUGACCCUGGAUGGCCGUUUGAUUUUCCAGGCUGGAAGGGAGCAUGGUCUGAAACCUGUGGUUGGGGAAGUAUAUAAUCAAGAGAUUGGAACUUCCUAUUAUGCUGUGGCUGUGGUAAAGAGGAGCUCCAACAUCACCAUCAACAGCCUGAAGGGUGUGCGCUCCUGUCACACCGGCAUCAACAGGACCGCAGGCUGGGAUGUGCCCGUGGGUUACCUCACUGCCACGGGGCACCUGGCAGCAAUGGGAUGUGACCUUCCAGCAGCUGUAAGUGACUAUUUCAAUGCAAGUUGCGUUCCUGGAGCAAAUGGUGUGAACUAUCCCAAAUCCCUCUGUCAGCUCUGCAAAGGGGACUCAGAAGGACAGAACAAAUGUGAACGAAAUUCCCAAGAGCAAUACUAUGACUACAGUGGUGCUUUCAGGUGUUUGGCUGAAAAUGCUGGACAGGUUGCUUUUGUGAAGCACAGCACAGUGCCUGAAUAUACAGAUGGGAGAAGCCUUUCUUCCUGGGCCCAGCGGCUGCGCUCCCAGGACUUCCAGCUGCUGUGUCGUGAUGGCAGAAGAGCUGAUGUGACAGAGUGGAGAAGCUGCCACCUGGCCCGAGUCCCUGCCCGGGCCGUGGUUGUGCGGCCUGACACAGACGGGACAAUUCUCUUCCAGCUCCUAAACCAGGGACAACAAAGAUUUAAUGGGUUGGGUGCCAAGUUUCAGAUGUUUGAUUCUGCAGUCUACGGUGCCCAAAAUCUUCUGUUCCGAGAUGCCACCACAGAGCUUGUUGCAAUCACAGCUCAGAAUUACCAGGCAUGGCUGGGUGAUGAGUAUCUUCGUGCCAUGCAAGCCCUGAACUGCAACCCCAACACAGUACCAGAAAGCCUGAACUGGUGUGUUGUAUCCACUGAGGAGAUUUGGAAAUGUGGUGAAAUGGCCGUUGCCUUUAGAAAAAAGAAUUUGAAGCCAGCAAUUCAGUGUAUUUCAGCUGAGACAAAGGAAAAGUGCAUGGAGCUGAUCCAGAAAAAGGAAAGUGAUGCUGUAGUUCUGGGUGGAGCUGAUAUUUACACAGCUGGGAAGACAUAUGGCCUUGUACCAGCUGCUGGAGAAAGUUACUCUGCUAAUGACAGCAGAAAUGCAUACUAUGCUGUGGUGUUAGUGAAACGAAAUCUGUCCAACGCAUUCACCAUCAGUGACCUGAGAGGGAAGAAGUCCUGCCACACAGGACUGGGGAGAAAUGCUGGAUGGAAUAUUCCCAUUGGCAUAUUGAUUAAGAGGGGGAUUAUUAAGAACAGAGACUGUAAUAUUCCUCAAGCUGUGAGUGAGUUUUUCUCUGCCAGCUGUGCGCCCUCAGCUGAGCAGAAAAAUUACCCAGCAAAGCUCUGUCAGCUGUGUAUUGGAGAUGAGAGUGGAAACAACAAAUGCAGUGCAAGUAGCCAAGAACGUUAUUACAGCUACAGUGGAGCCUUCAGGUGCCUGGUGGAGGAUUCUGGGGAUGUGGCCUUUGUGAAGCACUCAACAGUGUUUGAGAACACAGAUGGUAAAAACACUGCUAGUUGGGCCCAAAAGUUGAAUUCCAGUGAUUUCCAGUUACUGUGUCCAAAUGGUGCCCGUGCUGAAGUCACCCAGUUUGCCAAUUGUCACCUGGCUCAGGUGCCAGCUCAGGCUGUUAUGGUUCAUCCAGAUGUUAAUGUUUUUGCUCUAUACGGACUACUGGACAGAGCCCAGGUCUACUUUGGAAAUAACAGCAAUGGAAAUGGAUUCAAAAUGUUUGAUUCUUCAGCUUUUCAGGGAAAAGACCUGAUUUUUAAGGAUUCUACUCUUGAGAUUGUGCCAGUGGAAGAGAGGAGAACAUACACAGACUGGCUGGGGAGUGAAUAUAUUGAGUCCCUUGAAGGGAUGCAAACACCCCAGUGUUCUGGGGCAGGUAAUAAGAUAACACAGUAUUCACUCAUGGCUACUGUCAUUCCCUUGCUUGUUUUAUAUCAGAUACAAGGCUUGGACUAGCACAGUCCAAGUGGGAACUUCCAGGCCACCUCUGCCCUGCUACCUUCUCUUCAGAAAAGCUGCUGUCUGGAUAACAUGCUGUGCUACCAUGUGAAUGCCUCUUCCUGCCUCUUUGCAGGGCAAGUGCCAACAGCAUCUGCUCAUCAGGGAGUGGGAUAGGGCUAGAAGCUGCCCCUGUCUGUGUGGAUGAGGUGGAAUUUGGGGCAGAAACCAGCAAUACAGUAUCAAUGUGGUUUACAACAUCAGUCUAACACUGGAGCAUCUCUGCCAUUGUUGCUGAUAUUGAACCACCCAGGAUUCCCAAAAACUGUUAGAUGGAUACUGGGUUUCUGAUCUGUAGAAGAAUUUCUUGGAAGGCAAAACUCCCAUCUAGUGAAUUCUUUCUCUAGUGGCCUCCUGGCUGGUUAUGUUCAGACCCACUUCCCUGCUUUACCCAUCCUACCCUGUUUCUCCUGAGCUCCACUGCCACAAAACAUAAGUGUACAGAGAAUGGACAGGCUGUGAACAGAAACCAGUUCAGCUUCAGCAA